AUGGAACAUUUCAUGAAACUCUUUGAUUCUUUCUGGUUUGAGGUUAACAUUUUGAACAUAAACACAACUUCAUCAAUAACAAAAACAAUCUCUAAAGAAAAUCUUAAAGAUUGUCGGAAAAAUGAAACAUCAUCGGCAGCAGAAGAAGAACCAAAACUCGCUCGGAUCCGAACUGUUCAUAACAGAUCCAUGAGUGACCAAUCCAUAACAAGUUUAACAAGUUUCAACCAUGAUUCUCUUUCACCAGAUUCUGUUCUCGUUCCUUUGAAGCUUCAAACAAUUUUCUCAGGAAAAGAAGUAACAGAUUCAGAAGACAAAAACCUAGUACCAACAGAAACUCAAACACAAACGUUGUUGUUGCCGAAAAAGAACAACAUGAACAAGGUUGUUAAGAAGAAAAGGGAAAGUAAGAGUUUAUCAGACCUUGAAUUUGAGGAGUUAAAAGGGUUCAUGGAUCUGGGUUUUGUUUUCUCAGAAGAAGAUAAAGAUUCAAACUUGGUUUCAAUUAUUCCUGGACCUUAUCUUUCUGAAGCUUGGGAGGUUCAUGAGAGGAAAAAAGAGAAGCCUUUGAUGAAAUGGAAAGUUCCUGCUAUGAAGAAUGAAAUUGAUAUGAAAAAUAGUCUCAGAUUGUGGGCACACACUGUUGCUUCUACUGUUAGAUGA